AAUGGCGGCGUCCAUGCGGACACUUUCCACUGUAGGACUCCUGUCAAAGGCAACACAAGAACUCUCGCUGAAGGCUGGUGUCCCGCGGUGUGUCUGCAGAGCUCACUGUCCUCCAGCGUCAUUACGCAGCCGUAUUAAUGUGACUCCUGUGGCUUUUGUGAGCACCGCAAAUGUUUCUACGUCACACACUUCUCCUAUCACGGUUACGGACGAGCCGGACACACUGUUUCAGAAGAUGACCGUGCUGGUUAAAGGUCACGAUAAGGCAGUUCUGGACAGUUAUGAGUUUUUCGCAACGUUGGCUGCCAAGGAGCUCGGCUUAACCCUGACUAAAGUGUUUGAACCACCGAAGAACAUCGAGAGGCUCACACUUCUGAAGUCGGUGCACAUCUUUAAGAAGCACAGGGUCCAGUAUGAAAUGAGGACACACUACAGAUCCAUCGAGAUUGCCAGGAUAACAGGAUCCACUGCACAUGCAUAUCUGGAGUACAUCCAGCGCAACCUGCCUGAGGGAGUAGCCAUGGAGGUCACUAAGACUGCUAUAGAGAAAGUUCCGGAGCAUAUCCAGACACCCAUGUGGGACAAGGAGAGCCAACAGGAAGUCAGCUGAUGAGGACCUUUUUAUUCCAAGCCUUUUGUAUUCAGUAGUCAUUGCAGCUUAUUGGGGAUUUGAAUGAAAGGAGGAAGAAAGAAGGACUCUCGCCUCACGUUAUACAAGGGAAUUAUCUCAUAGAUGUGUAUAGUGCUGUGUAUUUAUAAGUGUAAGCUUGUGGCUUCACAUAAUAUAAAAAAAAUAAUAAACGUAUUACAGGU